AUGGCAGAGAAGGAAGGAGCCAUCGUGAAGAAGGGCCAUGAGGAGGGGCUCGAAAUGGCAAUCUCUCUCCUACAGAAAUUUGAACUCCCUCAGGGGCUCCUCCCACUGGCUAAUGUGGUGGAGGUUGGGUUUGUGGAGAGCACCGGGUACAUGUGGAUUGUUCAGCAAAAGAAGGUUGAGCAUCAGUUCAAGAUGAUAAGCAAGCUGGUGAGCUACGACACCGAGGUCAAGGGCUACGUCGAGAAAGGCACGAUCAAGAAGCUCAAGGGUGUGAAGGCCAAGGAGCUCAUGCUGUGGCCGCCGGUGUCAGAAAUCACUGCUGACUCGCCGGCCGGGAAGGUCCACUUCAAGAGCCUCGCCGGGAUUACCAAGAGCUUCCCUGUCGAGGCAUUUGCCGCUGGCCAGUGA